UCUCUGGCUCGUUCGCUGUGAACGCGGGCGCUCCAUCAGUUUGCGAUCCGUCGCUCAAGAUGGCGGCCAGCGGUGGUACCGGGUCCGGCGGUACCUCGACCACCAACUUUCCGGACGAGCUCAUCAUCCGUCACGUUCGCGACCAUUCGUGCCUCUACGAUCCGCGUGAAACCGAAUACAAAGACGCUGAUCGAAAGGCCGCCGUUUGGAGAGAAAUCGCAAACAACGUCGGCAUGUCCGCCAUCGAGUGCGAGCACCGCUGGCGCUACUUGCGGGACCGGUACACGCGGGAGCGCAAGCGCAAGUCGCAGCAGACCAACGGCUGCAAAUCGGGAGGCGGAGGCAACUGGCCGUUGGCUUCUCAAAUGCAUUUCAUCCAGGAUUUUAUCAAACACCGCAGUUUCAAAUUCAAGGCUCGCGGGGGUGGCGGUGGCGGCAGCAGCGGCGGCCAGCAGGAAGCGACGUCUGAUGGUACAAACACGCCACGAGGUGCCCGCCAACAACACGUCAAGUCUGAAGGUGAUAAUAAUCAUACGUCGUCGGAUGAAACUGACGGGCCAGUUUCGCCGGGAUUCGAUCAGCAAAGUGCCGCAGCGGCCGAAUGCUACCCCAUGGUCAUUAUCGAGGAAACAGACGGGCACCAUCACAUAGGUCCACCUCGCUCAGGCACACCUUCAGAUUACCUACGAGGAGGAGGAGGAGGUGGAGCGGCUGAUCACCACCUCCACCACCACCACCGGUCGUCAGCGUUCAAUAACGGCGGGAGCACAAGCCCUCGGAUGACGUACAACGAAGAUGAACUCUUCUGUCUCUCAGUGGCGCAGACACUGCGACGUCUGCCGCUAAUGCGCCGAUCUUUGGCCAAAGUUCAAAUCCUUCAGCUGAUACACGAUAUGGAAUUCGGGAGUCAUUCCUAAACUGAAACACAUUUUCAGUGGGGGCAAAAGAUUGAACGCCACUUGAAAAUGAAAAAAAAAACUAUUCCCCCCUCCUCGUCUCCUGUUCUUCUCUUUACUUUAUGAAUACAUGUUUACAUCUCAA